GCAACAAAUGCUAUUGAAAGAUCUUCAUAAGCUACAAACUGCCCCUCUGAUGUUGAUGGUUGAAUUCUGCUUGCCUAUUCUAGCAUAUUCGAGGUUCCAUGGUGUCCUGAAGGUAUAAGUAACCUCCCUCUCCUUUCCAUGAAGCAAAUCUACUCCUUCUUGAUUACCAUCACAACAGCACUUUUGAUUGCAUACUACUCCAGCACUCUGGCCUCCUCGAAGACGCUUCUUCAGCAAGCCAGACCAGUGUUCAGCGACAUCCUACACCGUAUAAACCCAACAACCACCGCCAAAUCUACAACAACACCCUUUCUAGGACUACCUCUAAUCCCCUCUCGUCUCGCCUCAACCACGACAGCAAACAUGACGACUCCACGACAGAUCAAAUUCUCGUUCCUUGCUCGCGAACAGUCAGAAGGCGCGGGCGCGGUCGUACGGCGCUCGGUCGGCACACCUAAACUGCGCCAUUUUACACCUUUCCUCAUGCUCGAUCAUUUCAGGAUUUCUCCUGGUGCAGGGUUCCCCGACCACCCUCACCGAGGACAAGAGACAAUCACCUACCUCCUGCAAGGCGGGGUUAACCACGAAGAUUUUGCCGGCAACGCAGGAAAAAUCGGGCCUGGUGAUCUCCAAUUCAUGACUGCCGGCCGGGGAAUCGUACACGCUGAGAUGCCCGUGCAAACCGAAGAUCUCAGCGUCGGCAUGCAACUCUGGGUCGACUUGCCCGAGAACCUCAAAUCCUGCGAACCCCGGUACCGCGAUCUACGUGCAGAGGAGAUCCCAAUCGCCAAGACCGAAGACGGGAAGGUCGAGGUAAAGGUCAUCUCCGGGAAAAGUGAAGGCGUUGAGUCACUCAAGGAUCUGGCCUACACCCCCGUGUGGCUUCUUGAUAUCUCGAUUCAACCCGGUGGAAAGAUCACGCAGGAAAUUCCACAUGGAUGGAACGCGUUUGCGUACACGCUUGAAGGCGCGGCGACGUUCUCCAACGGCUCCGAUGCACAUAAAGCGGAAACAGUCACUCCCUACCACAACGUCGUCUUCGAGCAGGCCGGUGACGUGGUGACUGCUUCAGUCGAAGAAGGCGCCCAAGAAGGAGCGCGAUUCAUCCUCGUCGCAGGUCAGCCGUUGGAUCAGAACAUUGUUCAGUACGGCCCGUUUGUGACCACCUCCAAAGAAGCCAUCUACCAAGCCAUGAUGGAUUUCCAGACCUCAUCGAAUGGUUUUGAGAGGGCAGCAAAUUGGGAGAGUGAGAUUGGCAAGAGUAUGGGCCGAGUCCGAUAAGGCGGAACCGCUGGGUGGAAUGUUACAGAGAGCGCAAAAGUUCGCAAACUGAUGCCAAUGGGUUUGAAAUUUCAGCCUUUGUUGCAAGUCUUGUAUAGCAUAUGUAGCAUAGCAUUGGCGUCACAAAUAGAUGGAUAAUAUAUACCCAGCUAGACUUGAGGGCAUGCAAUGGAUUUACAUUCAGAGAUAUA